AUGGCACUGACUCGUCGCCAUGUACUCCUCUCCAGCACUAUCGGUUUCGUUGCUUGGGGAUAUGUGGUUCAUUGGCUACCAAUACUCCGCUACCUGGGCUAUGCGUUCCUUUCGGGCGUAAUACUUACAGCCCUUCUCCUCCUCACGAUAACCUUUACGGUUUCUUGGCCGAGGCGAGAUGGGCCCAAUCAAGGCGCCGUUCCCAGAUCCUCUCUCUGCUUUCUCGAUCCCAAGAAUUGGCAGGCCGAAAUUGCCAGCUAUCACGCAUCAAAGAGCUACAGUGGAGCUCAAUUAUAUCCUCCUUCCUUCGUGAUAUCGGCUGCGCUAGACGGUCUGGUUGACCUUGCCCUGAGGGACUUCAUAUCCUCGUGGUACAGCAAUAUUACACCAGACGCAACUUUCAUUACAGAGAUAGAUAAAAACAUCAGAGUAGCGUUAGGGGACAUCAAAGACAGGUUGUUGCAGCAGGAUCUCGUGGAUGUUGCGGUCUCCCGAAUCGUCCCACUUGUCACGGCGCACCUGAAAGACUUUGACCAGGCGGAACGAACCAUCAGGGGCAAAGCACUGAACCGCAAUGUGACAGAAUCAGAAGAACUCGAUCUAGCAAUUGCUGCAAAGUAUCGAGAGGGCAAACUACAUCCUGCGGCAUCUCUAGCCUAUUCAGAUAUGAAGCUUGUGCAACAGGAGCAUUUACGCAGAAUACUUGUGCGCACCCUACCUGAGGUGCUCCCUGAGGAGAUCACUAGGAGCAGAGCAGCCUUUGUCCUUGUCAAAGAAAUUGUGGCUUGCGCUGUUCUUUUCCCAGUGAUGCAGCUCCUCGCCGACCCGGAUACUUGGAAUCAGAUGAUGGAAGCUUAUGGCCGCGUGGCGCUGCAAGACAGAAAAACGGUCCAAAAGCUGCGGGCUGCUUUGGACCAACACGCUUCACCGGCACGUAAAUCCAGGCAUGGAACUGCUGUUCCGAGUCUUACGCCGGGAGCCAACGAGCGCUCCUUUGAACGAUUUGUGCGAGCCAUACGGCAGACUAAUAAUCUUUCUGAUAUCCGACGGUUCCGAAACCACGUUGCCAGUCAGUUGAAGCGCGAAAGCAUGGUUGACAAUCAAGAUCAGACAUACCUGAGGCGCUUAGAGAUUGGCAAGCGGGUAUUAGAUCAAAAGGUAGCAAAGCUUUCGACAGGUGGUGGUGCUGCUUCGAUAUUGCCCGGACAAGCUGACCACCGUAUGAGAGGCGGAGCUCACUCCCACGAUCCUAGCCUUGUCGAGAUCAUGAAAACGUCAUCUGGACUGUCUUACUUCAUGGAAUACAUGGAUCGACUGAACCUCAUGUCGCUCGUCCAGUUUUGGAUAGUUGUAGACGGCUUUCGCAAUCCGCUCGAGGAUGAUUUUGGAGAUCAUGCAUCAAGCCCCGAUUCCAUCAGCUGGUCGGAUACAGAUAGGGCAGACAUUGCACAGAUCAACGAAGCAUACAUGUCUAGGCCCGAGUUAAAAGUGCCCGAGGAGAUGCGAGACGCUAUACGAGAUUUUCUGAAAGCAGGUCGAACUGCGACUCCCACCCAAUAUCGCCGCGCUAGAACAGCAAUACUAUCCACGCAAUCAGCGGUGCUAGAAGAAAUGGGGAGUCAAUGGUUUCCCGAAUUCAAGAAGACCGACCUCUUCUACAAGUACUUAGCUUCCGACGAAGUCUCUUCGACUUUUACACCUCAGAUUGAGCCCAAGGAAUUCGUCAGGUCCCCUUUGUGGAGCGAACAUGCAGACGCUCGAAAUGCUCCUCCUAUGACACGGUCGACUUCACACCCCCUCCCCAGACCAAGGGACCUCAGACGAGCAGCCUUGUCAUCGAGCGAUCUCCGGGCGAUUCCUAAGCUGUCCGACGCAACCAGAGAUGCUAGAAAGUCGCUAGAUACCGACAGGGAUCGCUCCGGUCCACUGUUUGAUGACGAUUAUGAUACCGACCCUCUCGGCAACUCAAUUAGUAGUCUUACCAAAGAAUCCCAAGGCAGCGAGCAGAACGGCGAUGGCACUGAUCAAAGACAAGUGAUUGAGAAUAUGGAAGCUGCACUGAACGAGAUAGUCACACAAUCUCCUAGAAAUGAGCAGACCUCAGACCAGGCGAACAGGCUUUUUGGGUCACCAACUUCAAUAGAAAGGUCAGGCUUAUUCGACGAUGCUCCUGGAGAGUCGCUUGGUGUGCCGCAAGUAGUGUCCUCCAAUGGAGAGCGGGUCAGACCCAGCAUUGCCUCACUUGGAUUAGUCAAUACCUCUUCUCGCAUUGGAGUCUUCUCAGACGAUGAUUUGUUCCCUGAUGAGGAGAAGUUCAUUGAGGAUGAGUAUGCAGAUUCAGAAGACACCAGCAAAGAAGAUAGGAAGGACGAUGAGAUUCACGAGGCUGCACCUGGCGAUCUUGGCCUGAUCGAGGCUAUAGCUGCACUCACUGCGGAUAUUGAGAGACUCGUCUCGCAGGAGUCGGUCGUCGAUACCCUGACACGUAAAGCGGAGCUAACAAACAACGCUGCUGAGCUGCGCAUAUUGGGCAAGUCCAAGUCGAGCUUACAGAGGGAGAUCCGUCGGAAAGAGCUUCAGAAGCAGCAAUAUAUUGUGCAAGAGAGCGAUAACAGCUUGUAUGGACGUUCAGCGAUCAGCAUCAAAUCAAUUAUGGUUGGAAAGGAGGAGGAUGGCCAUGAGUAUGCGCUCUAUGUGAUCGAGGUUGAGCGGAGAGCAGGCGAGCAGAUGGCGGCAGCCUCGUGGGUUGUGGCUCGAAGAUAUAGCGAGUUCCACGAUCUUCAUCACCGGCUUCGUGCUCGCUAUCCAUCCGUCCGAGACCUGGACUUUCCUCGACGUCGCGUGGUGAUGAAACUGCAAAAGGAGUUCUUGCAUAAACGAAGGGUCGCACUGGAAGCAUAUCUUCGCCAGCUGAUCUUGCUACCCGCGGUCUGCCGCAGCCGGGAGCUACGAUCCUUCCUCUCGCAACAAGCCAUCAUUCCACAAGCACAGUCCGCUGCUGAUUCUCAUGCAAAAGAUAUUGUGACCCGGAUCUACAAUUCGGUGACUGAUGGCAUGGAUGAUUUCCUCGGCAACAUUGCUGUUCUCGACCAGCUAUCUGCUGCCGGCCAGAAUCUUAUCUCUGCCGCUACAACCCAAGUCAGCGCUGCACAAAACAGCACCAAUUCUGACGACCCUACAGCCAUCGCCGAAGCCGAGGCGGAAUUGAGUGCAUUCGAGAAUCGUGAGCUCGAACCUUUCGUCAAGCCGAUCUGUGACAUCUUCCUCGAAACUUUUGGCCUUAACAGAGGCAACAGUUGGCUAAGAGGUCGCACCGUGGUUGUUGUUCUCCACCAGCUUCUGGGUGGGACGGUCGAACGCAAAAUCCGGGACACCGUCAAAGGUUUUCUACAGGAAGAUUCGGUGCUCAAAUACAUCGAAAUGAUCAAGGAAACAAUGUGGCCGGGCGGCAAGUUGAGGGAACCGAAGCCAAGAACUCCAGCCGAGAAGGCGAAAUCAAAGACGGAAGCCAGCGUCAUGCUCGCUACACUAAUCCCGGAUCUGGCUGCCCAUGUGGUGGGAAGGGCCAAUGCGCAGGCGGCGGCGCGCAGGAUCUUUGCUACAAUGAACAACGAGAGGUUAAACACGCAUCUGGCAUUCACGGUACUGGAUGAGAUCGUGGCGGUGCUUUUUGGCAAUGAGACCAGGAGCAGGUGA